UAUAUUCCUCUGUUUCUCUGAGGGGUGAUCAGAGAGAAGAACUGUCUUCUCUUUAGAAAUCAUCAUGGAAACUGUCCAUCGUGGCCCUGUGUCUGCUGGGAGUUUUGGGUUCAACCACAGCCAAAGGUAAGAAACCUGUCCAACACAUCUUUACAGUGGAUGGUCACCUGGCCUGACUUCUCAUCGACUUUCUCAUCGACAUUCACUAUUACUUUCUUCUGAGUUUUGUUUUUCAUGAUAUGCACUCCUUUCAUUGGUUUCUAGUUUCCCUCUCCUCUCAAACCUUCUCACUCUCUCCUUUCAAGAACAUAUUUCCUCACUCCACCCCCAGUCUUUCUCACCUGAUCUCGCUCUUCUCCUACUCUUCCCUCUGAUCUCCUCUUUACUUGUCUUAAACUUCUAAACUCUUAAGUCCUCUUCUUUCACUCCUCUGUUCAUCCUCCUCUCUCACCUUGCUACACAAGUUAUUCUGAAUCUGCCCAAUCAACGAAGUAGGAAACAACUAUCUGCGGUCCUAAUGGAACAGGAUGGACUUUGACGCUGUGGACCCUGACUACCUUAUGGCCCUGUGACCUGCACUUUUAUGUGGAGAUAGACCCCACCAUGGACCCGUCCAUUGCUGAGACCACAGGAAACGCCAUCCGCAUCCUCAACAAAAACCCCAAGCGAUUCUUCCUCCUGGUGCAAGGUGAGCAAAGGGUUAACCAAGCUGUCAGUCAAUGAAUCGAUCCAUCAACCCAAUUCCAACAGGUUCCUCUUUGAAAUGGGUGUACGGUUGUUUGUUAAAAUGGAAUCAAUCUAUUGAGUGAAUAAUCACACCACUUGCUUAUAUAAUUGAACACCAAGAUGCAUUGAUUUCAAAGUGUGUGUAACCUUGUUUUUGUGUCUUGCCUCAAUAUAGAGGGUAGUUAGUUGCGGUGCUGAUGCUGUGUGCCUCUCAGCAAGACAGUUAGGGACUGCAGUACACUACAUGUAUCUGCAGACUGUAGUAGGAUCUGCAUGUGUUUGCCGCAGUGUGAGGAGGGGGAACAUAAUGUUGGGAUGUGACAUAUUACUGUUCUACAGCGGUGGCUCUUGGGCCCAGGCCCUCAUCCAUCCUACCUUCAAUCUGAGACACCAUCCUGGGACCUGAUUGUGCUGUUGAGCGUCUUGUAUCUUCAACAAUGAGUUUUAAAUAACACAUCGCAGCAGGCUUUAAAUAGAGCUGGGCAUAUGGUGCACCAUACCCUCUUCUCCUGCUCCCUGGGGAUCCAACAUAUUAGCCCAACUCCUCUCCACUUUCUGACUGCACUGAUGAGGAGAACAGGAGCUAGGUUGGUUUUACUUGCCUAAGUUACACUUGUAGAGUAAUUUCAACUUUACUCCUUGUCCCUUACACACAGACCUACGGUCAGCUUACCUUCCCCCAAUCUUAACCUUAAAUCAUUAGAGAUGACACCACAAUCCUGAGCUGAGAUCAGUGUUUAUGGGUAACUUCAUCCUUCUCUUUCUCUCUGUGUGUCACGUGGCCGUAUCGACCAGGGCCACCAUGCCAGCAGAGGCUUGCACGAGAUGGUUGCCUUUGACAACGACGUCGCCAAGGGCCUGGAGCUGACCAAUGAGGAGGAAACUCUCACCCUGUUGACAGCUGGCCACUCCCACGCCUUCACCUUCAAUGGAUACCCCUUCAGAGGCCAAAGCAUUCUGGGGAAAUCUCCUCUGUAUGAGAAGGAUAUGCUGCCUUACACAACCGUGAUGUACAGAAACGGCCCUGGAUACAAAGUCGUAGACAACAAGCGCCCUGACAGCCAUAAAGUGGACACAAAGUGGAAGGACUACAUGCAGCUGUCUGCAGUGCCCCUGGACACUGAGACCCAUGGUGGGGAGGACGUGGUGGUACUGGCCCGCGUCCCCUUGGCCCACCUCUUCCACUGGGUCCAGGAGCAAAGUUACCUGGCCCAUGCCAUGGCUUACACUGGCUGUGUGGGAUUGGACCUCAGGCACUGUGAAGGUAGACAUCAACACACCAACAGGAUCCUCAUCACUACUACUGCUGGUGAUAGGAACAGUGCACUAUCCCAGGUACCCUCCAUCUCUCUCGUUACUGCCCUACUGGCUGCACUGCUGCAAUGAGAGACUGGUGAAGGUGGAGAAGUGGGAGGGAGAGUAAGAGAAUGAAAGUAGAAUAAAAGAGAUCCAUCUGUUUUGCUACUCCUCUUAAACAAAUACAUGUGCUCUUUAACAAUAUGUUUUGUCAAAUAAUUGUAAAUUAUGAGAAUACUCACAUUUGUAUAUGUUUAUUUAAAUAGAUAAUAUAUUUGCUGCUAAUAAAAAGUAUAUGGACUAGAA